UGAUGGUGGGUCAUUGCACAGGGGAUUCCGUGUGACAGAUCAUAAGUCGAAUAAUUGUUUCUGGGAAGAAGAUUGAAAAGAACAAGACUGACGACGAUGACUUGAGAGCGCUGGGAGGAGUAUCAAACUUGAAGUCUGUCUGUCUUACAAACAACCAGGAGAAAGCUACUAAAUCUAUGAAACCAUGCUCGUGGUGCUUGCUUAAGACCAUAAAUAUCCUUGCGCAAACGACACAUAUGAUUAGAAAACUGAGGAUGAUGCCAUCCAAAACUGUUGAUAAGGUUUCCGAGGCCGGUUUGGAAGAUGCCGAAAGGGUUGUGAUGCAUGAAAAAGAUUUGAAGUUAAAUGACGUUGUCAUCAAAUGUGCGGUCAUAAACGGUAAGACACUAAAGCUAGCUGUGAAACCAUUUAAGUUCGUGCACGCGAGUGUGAUUAGAGUGGAUACCUCCCUUCGACUUACAGAUGAUUUGGAUAGGAAAGGCCUUACUUUCACGGCCAAAUGUCUCGAUGGGAUGCCGGGAGUUACUAAGAAAAAAGGUGAGGUUUGUUUCGACUCAAAGUUCACUUCUCCUUUCCGAGCUUUCUUUGGACUUUAGAUUAGGAACUCCUAAUAUUCUGUUGUAGUAGCUUGAUUUAUUGUGUGAACUUUAUUUUUGAUCCUACUGUAUUUGGGUCCAAAAUGUUGAUUUGGGAGGAGGGAAUGUUUGAUUUUGUGGUAUCCUAUAUACUGGGAUAUGCACUUUGCUUGUAACAUUGAAUUGUUAUUUUCUUGAGUGUUAAUAUAUACUUACAUUUCAUCCAAAAAAAAAACUAAGGAUGAAUAAAACCACGAGGUUGAUGCAUAUAGUCUUCUUCUGUAAGAUAACCAUGCAAAAAUGCAUUUUUAACAUCAAGCUGACGUAUAACCCA